UUCAGAAAUGAUGCAGUUGGUUAAAAUGAUUUCAAAUUCGAUGAACAGAGCAACUAUCGAGGAUGAUGGCAAUGCUACUAUUGAUAACGAAAAGGAAGAGGAAGAUGAAUUUGUGGACGCAACUGAUGUGCUUUUUGAGGAUGAAAGCGAUAUGUAUGAUGACAAUGUUCAGUUUAUUGUUGCUGGAAAUAGCGAUUAUUUUUCGGAUGAUGAUGUGAUAUUUGAAUUGGAUGAUGAACUGCAUGAACUUGGUUUGAUGCUUAAUUCUACAUUAGCAAGCGAUUAUGAUGGUGCUAAUGCAGCACGAUUAAACGCUCAUUUCUUUAAUGAUUGGACGAUUUUGUUGGAAAAGCAGGCAAUCAAGCUCGGUUUCCCUGAUCUUGAAGAACUACUCAAAUCAGAAUACAUGAAAGAGUAUGUGGAACAGACGUCGUUAGUUAAUGGUGUUGCCAUUUACGGCGCAGUCUCUAAACCAGCUAAUGAGCAUAUUCUUCGACGAGUUGCUGAUUGUAGAUUGAACGAAGAUCAGAGAGCUAAAAAACGGAAAAUGCAAAGAUUGAUGGAAUUAAAGAACCCAGAAAAUUCACGGAAUUUCCUCGAGGGUAAACGCCGCAUUCUGGAAAUUUUGCUGGAUUUAAAAGCAUACAAAACGGAAAUUGAUUAUCAAACUAUACGGGAUGAAUACAUGAAACGUUAUAGCACUAGUUUAAAUGCUGCAGAGCACCAACGGUUAUUCAUGAAUAAAUCGGCCUUGAAAAACUUUUGGCGCGUUUUUUAUCGAGAAAUUAUUUUAAUUAAUGACUGUCCUAUUCGAGUAAGACUCAGAAAUCCAAAUAUACAAAUCCCUGAGGAAAUAACAGAUGAUCUGCAUCUGUUAGCGAACAUCGAUAAAAUUGAACUUCCAACAUUUGCUUUGGAGUGUCGACCAUCAGCAUCGAAUGUUGUAGACAAGGGAAGAGCAGUGGAAUAUCCAGGAGUUGUUGCCGUCCUUAAUGGAAGUACUUCGAAGAAACCUACGAUGAGUUUGCUCGAAGAAGUAAAAGAGGAUUAUGAUAGACUAUUAAACAGUGAGAAGCAACGUGAAGACAUUAAGAAUGCUGAUAGAAUUAACAGCGUGAUGCUUUACGAUGGGGGUAAAGCGAUAGGCAUGCCAGCUGAUAAGAGUAAAGUAAUAAGCGUGCAAGAAGAUGGUUCUGAUAAAACAAAUAGAAGAUCGGAAUUACUCGACUUGAGUGAUGAUAAAUAUACAGGUGACGAGGAAUCUACUGACAGUAGCGAUUUUGAAGUAAAAGUUUCUAGAAAAUACCAAAAAAAGAAAUUCAAAGGAAAUAUAAAUACGUUCAACAUUUCCUCAACAUCUCCAGAAGUUAAGCCUUCGAUGCAAACAACUUACGUAGAUGGAGCUGGAGGUCGCUCAAGUCACUCAAGGAAAGAUCCUAAUCCAGUCGAACAGGUUGCACGAUUGAUGGAUAGUGUUGGAAACAAGAUUAGUCAGUCGGAAAGACGUCCAUCGAUUGCCGAACGUUCUUUGCACCAAUCACUCAGUCAUUCGCAUCCCAAAGAGCUUAAUCGGUUCCCGUUAUCGGCUACUGGUUUUAACAAUAAAAGUUCUGCAGGACUGAUUCAGAUGCACAGUUCUUCUCAAUCAGUAUUUAACAGAGAGCAUAGUGAGGAAUACAACGGAAUACGGACAUCUGGACGUCACGGUUUUCAAUUUGAUCGUGAGGAAGAGGUGAAGUAG